AUGGAUUCCUUUUCCAGCUUGAGCCGAGCCGAUUCCUUCAUUGCGGCCGGUACAGUCUCGGUAAUCUACGCUGUUGACGAAAAUACCGUCAUCAAAGCCCGUCCUUUGACAGGGGAUUACGAACGUCAAGUUUACGAUAUUGAAAUUCGCGCUUAUGAGCGGCUUGGACACCAUGAACGCAUUGCAUCUUGUGAAGUGACUAAGGACGGCCUCCUAUUGGAACGUGGAACUUGUCUUCGGGCCAUACUCCAAAGUUCUCCCCCCAUUCCUUGGGCCAUGAAACUUCAAUGGGCGCUGGAAGCCGCAGAUGGUCUUGCAUAUAUCCAUAGCAAAGGGAUUAUUCAUGCAGACGUUGGCUGUCACAACAUCAUCGUGGAUAAUGCCAAUCACAUCAAGUUUAUUGACUUCGCUGGCUCCGGUAUCGACGGUGAAGACCCCUUGGUCUGCUAUGAAUGGUGUAGCUUUCAGCCUGGAAAUGAAAUCGGCAUCUGCACAGAUAUAUUUGCUUUCGGGUCAAUGCUUUUCGAGAUUGAAACAGGGCACGCCCCUUACAGCGAGCUGGAAAGGACUCUCGAAAUGGGAAAGCUGGUGACGGUUGUUGAGGGAUUGUUCUCACAGCAGAAAUUCCCGCCCGUGGAGACCCUGGCCGUUGGGUCCGUCAUUUCUGGUUGCUGGAAUGGCAAAUACAAUUCAAUGGAGGAAGUCCAUCGAGAUAUUGCACGUUGUUGUGAGAAGUAUUCGGAGGGGAGGUUGGAUCAGGCAACAUUGGGUGCUGCCAAGAAACCCUUGAGUGCAAAGAUAUCAUCGAGAGCAUGA